AGAAGAAGAAAAAGGUUGUCAGACGAAAACGUAUGGGACCAGAGGUAUCUCCAGACAGGACAGGAGCUUGAUGAUAACGUUGAAGGCCGAAGAAUAGAGGGCAUUUCGGUAGAUGUUCUACAGUCGUGAAUGCAUUACAUGUCAUUUUUAUAACCAGGAAAGGAUCUUCUUGACAAGAGACAGAGCGCACGGUCGCACCACGCCACAGCUGACUGACAGAUCGCCGGUCGUAAACUGACGUUUACUGGAGCGAAGAAACGAAGGAAGUUAUCGGUCUCUUGGGCCGUUGUCUGUUUAGCACCAACGUGACUAAUAAAACGCUAACGUAGAUACAUAAAUUGUAUAAUGGCGGACUACCUGAUCAGUGGACAGACUGGUUACGUGCCCGAUGAUGGACUCAGCGGGCAGCAACUCUUCAACUGCGGGGACGGCCUUACCUACAAUGACUUCCUGAUUCUCCCAGGGUACAUUGACUUCACAUCGGAACAGGUGGAUUUGACUUCAGCCCUGACGAAGCAGAUCACCAUGAAAACGCCUUUUGUAUCCUCCCCCAUGGACACCGUCACCGAGUCGGCGCUGGCCAUUGCCAUGGCACUCACGGGGGGAAUAGGCUUCAUCCACCACAACUGCACUCCAGAGUUCCAGGCCAACGAGGUCCGCAAGGUCAAGCGGUAUGAGCAGGGUUUCAUCACUGACCCGGUGGUGAUGAGUCCUACAGACCGUGUGGCUGAUGUGUUCCAGGCCAAGGCACGCCACGGCUUCUGCGGCAUCCCCAUCACAGACAGCGGCCACAUGGGCGGGCACCUCGUUGGCAUCAUCUCCUCGCGGGACAUUGACUUCCUGAAGGAGGAGGAGCACAUCCUGCCACUCAACGAGGUGAUGACGAAGCUUGAGGACCUUGUCGUAGCUCCAGCUGGAGUGACACUGAAAGAGGCCAAUGAGAUCCUGCAGAGGAGUAAGAAAGGUAAGCUGCCCAUAGUGAACAAGGAGGGCUGCUUGGUGUCCAUCAUCGCCAGGACAGACCUGAAGAAGAACAGGGACUUCCCCCUGGCCUCUAAAGACUCACGCAAACAGCUGCUGUGUGGGGCAGCCAUCGGCACGCACAACGACGACAAAUACAGACUGGACCUGCUGGUGCAGAGCGGCGUAGAUGUGGUCGUACUAGACUCCUCUCAAGGGAACUCGAUCUUCCAAAUCAACAUGAUUAAGUACAUCAAAGAGAAAUACCCACAGCUUCAGGUCAUUGGAGGCAAUGUGGUAACUGCAGCCCAGGCCAAGAACCUGAUCGACGCCGGGGUGGACGGCCUGCGAGUGGGCAUGGGCAGUGGCUCCAUCUGCAUCACACAGGAAGUGUUGGCGUGUGGGCGUCCCCAGGCCACCGCCGUGUACAAGGUGUCUGAGUACGCCCGUCGAUUCGGGGUGCCAGUCAUCGCCGAUGGGGGUAUCCAGACCGUUGGGCACAUCGCCAAAGCCCUGGCACUUGGGGCAUCUACAGUGAUGAUGGGCUCUCUCCUGGCUGCCACCAGCGAGGCUCCAGGUGAAUACUUCUUCUCUGACGGCAUUAGGCUGAAGAAAUACCGAGGCAUGGGCUCACUGGAUGCCAUGGACAAGAACCUGGGCUCCCAGACCAGAUACUUCAGUGAGUGUGACAAGAUCAAGGUGGCCCAGGGUGUGUCGGGGACGGUCCAGGACAAGGGCUCUAUCCAUAAGUUUAUUCCCUACCUGCUGGCUGGGAUCCAACACUCCUGUCAAGACAUCGGAUCCAAGAGCCUCACCCAGCUCAGAGCCAUGAUGUAUUCUGGGGAUCUGAAGUUUGAGAGGAGGUCGACUUCGGCCCAGAUGGAGGGAGGAGUCCACAGCCUGCACAGUUAUGAGAAGUGCCUGUUCUAAAGACGAGAACAACAGUAGUGGGCUGCAGACUUGUGUUCCUCAAGCGUACGCACAUGAAAGCACACACAACUACUUGACAACCCCCCACACACUAACACAAAUGUCAAUUAUGCCUAAACCAUCAGUCUUCCCCUUCUGUUGUUCCCUGUCUAUGCUGAGGGAGAGCAGAGCAUGUCUGUCUUGUCUAUCCGUCAGUAUUGUGAUGGAGUGUUUUGGUGUUAUCAGAUGCCUUCCAUGUCCUACUGACGUGAAUAAAGGUGAAUAAGUCAAAUAAAAAUGUUUUUUUUCCACA